AUGUUAUCCAUUUUCCAAGAGUUGGUGAUCAGAGUUCAUCUCCUGGGAACUCAGCCUGAGAUUCUGAUUGAGAAGCAGCAGGAAGAUGUGGGCGCUGCUGCGCUCGCACGACGUCGCCGCGAGGCUGCAUGGUCCUUGCAGGAGAAGCAGAUGGAAGAGGAGGCCGAGCUGGACUUAGCGGAAGAGCGGCUUCGGCUGGGCGAAGCUUGUCUGGAGGAUGCUCUUCACCUCGUGGUGCCCGUGGAUGACGGCCAAUCUAAGCUCGCCGAGGUUGUCGAGGAGUUGGAGAGGCAGCAAGCUUCUUUGGAAGUAGCCGAGGCCGCUCGGGACUCGCUUCAGGACGAGGCAUCUGACAUGCUCCUCUUGUUCCAUGCCGCGGAGUCACGAGCAGCAGAGUUGGAGAAGAAGCUUACUGCAAGUACUACAUCGCGUGCUGCUUCUGCACUUGAAGCCCUAAGGGAGAGUGGCCUGGCCGGGGCAGCCGCACUGGUCGUGGUGCUUGCCAGGCUCUGUGGAGGCCCGCGGUUGGCAUUCUUGGCCAUCGAUGCCAACAACAGUGGCGCAGUGAGCACGUAUGAGUUCGAUAGCGCCUUGCGCUUGCGACUGGGGCUGGAUUACGAGGCCAUCACCGGCUUCAAGCUCAGAAGCCUCUUCAAGGAGUUCGACACUCGACACUGCGGGCUGGUGUAUGGUGUCGAUAUGGUCAGUGCCUUUGCGGACGUCUGGCGACGGUACGGCAUUCCCGAAGAGGUCGCCAGGGAUCCGCUACUGAACCCUGAUUUGGAAGGACCGGCACACGACGAGGUUCUGCGCGAGCAGCAGAGAUGGCUGCGUGAGACCCGCCGACCGGCCUCCCCACGCAGCGCGCGAUCGAGGCAGCGAUCUUCCUCGCCCCAGGCUGAACUUCGCACCCCGAGGAGUGAUAUCCUGAAUCAGAAAGCAAGCGUCUCGCCAAGAAUCCGCGACGAGUGGGAUCGUGGAUAUCGAACAGUGGGCAUUCCGGCGUCCCCCCGCAGUCCUCGGAACUUGGCGUUGCCCGGCGUCACCUCGAGGUCACGCCCCGAAGUGGUUCCUCCGCUGCAACUUCCUCGAGGCGCUGCCGCGAGGUCCCCAGUGCAGACUUCCAGGUCUGCCAACACGGCAGGGGUGAUGGCUGACAGCCACCUGUUGGCAUCUAAGCAGUCGAAGAUCGUCUCGUCGCAUUCCGGAGCCCUGGCGGGGGCAGCGCGUGUGCGGAGCACUUCGUCAUCCGGCUACUCGGAGCACGUGGAGUCCGGGACCAGGUCUCCCAACCCCGCUGGCGCCAUGAAAGACAGCUUCCGCAGAAAGCCGGAAAGCGAUCGAAGCGCCACUGCCCAGUCUUACAGAGACGUGUCGCCUGGUCCGCCCGCCGCUCCAUCGAUGCACCCACCAUCCUCCGCCGGUGCGCUGCCUGAAGCUCCCCGUUCCGCUGCCGGCAUGUCGGCACAUACCCGAGCUCCCAAAGCUGCGGAUGCGCAGUCAAGGUCUCCAAGCAGGUCGCAGGCAGUCCAGACGAGCCAGACGCAGCGAGGAGCCUUGCAGCCUGUGCAGCCGCACUUGCGAGGAGCUGGGUCACCGGGUCAGUCCGAUGGUUUGACUUCUGCCAAAGCUCGGCCGGAUCCCAGCACAAUGUCCCCGCGAUUGCCGGGUGGUUCUGGGUCAUCCAAGUCCAGGACGAAAAGCCCCGGAGAAAAGGCUGAAGCCGCGCCCACACGUGCCCUCCCAGGCGGCGCAGGGCCUGCUGGCAUGCCGGUGGUACAUCGCCAAGAUGGGACUGCAGCUGCUCAGAGCGGAGCAGCGCCAUCCAAGUCCAGGCCGCGAAGCCCCGGGCAGGGAGCUGAAAUCGAGUCCACGCGUGCACGCCCUGGCGGUGCGGGGCCGAGGGCGGCGAAGUCGGAAGCUCCGGCCGCCCCAUCCCGAAGGACUCCCGCCGGGCCGGAAGCCGCCAUGGCGACAACGCUCGAUCACCCACAUGGCGUCAGGUCUUCAAGCUCGCCCAGGUAUGAGACCGCCAUGAGGUCGACGAGUGGGCCCUUCAGCAAGUCGGAAGCACCUCGCCCGGAUGGCAAAACCCUCACCCCUCCCCGGAGUGAGGACUUUGCUGUUGUGUCAACGCGGGAGCACCCGCGUGCUGACAGGCCAGCGUCUCCGGGUGACAGAGCCGGCGGUGCGGGGCCGAUCCCAUCGCCCGAAGUCAUGGCCAAAGCCUCCCGGGCACGAAGCCCGCUCUACGUCGCCCCAUCGGCAGCGAAGGCGCCGAAGGGCCAAAGAGCGAGGAGCCCGAAAGCCACAAAGACGGAUCCAACUGCGGCGUCGGUGCCCUCCACACUUGGUAUGGCUCCGACCCGCGGAGGGCCAACGGGAAGAACGCCUGUGUCGCAGUCCCUUCAGGGCAUGGCGGAGGAGUGGGUGGAAAGUGCACAGUUUCCAACCAAGCACACAGAACCCACACCGGUGCCGCCGAAACCUUUCGUGCGCGCCCGGGCGCCCUCCGAGGGCUCAUCCUCGGAUAAUGCAGAUGCAAAGCGGCGAGAGCCGACCGCCUUUGCGGCACCCGCGGGGACGUCGAAGAGGGAAGCUUUGCCAGCGCCCGGGAGGGACUCGCGUGACAUGCUGGGACCAGCUCAUGGGCGACAGCAGCCCAGUGUCGCGAUUGCAGCCCAAAGUGUGGCUGUUUCUGCUGCAGGCCAGCCUGCGCAGCUGCGCGUCUCGCUGGACAGUGGUUGGGAGAGUCUCACAGCAUCGCCGGAAGAUCUCCAGGCACUGACGCAGGGGGAAACUCCGCAGGUCCUGUGGGUUCGGUCUGAUAAUGAAAUCGAGAACGACGCGGAUGCAGCGCAGCAGAGCUUCAGUCUGAAGCCUCUGACGGCAUCCCCCGAAGACCUCCAGGCACUGAUGCAGGGGGAAACUCCGCAGGUCUUGUGGGUUCGGUCUGAUAAUGAAAUCGAGAACGACUCGGAUGCAGCGCAGCCUGCGAAGCAGGAGGACGCGUUUGCAUUUGCGUGGCCAUCGAAGGCGUCGGCAAGAGUCCGGUCGCCGGCGAACACGUCGCCUGCAAGAUCGCUCGCGAAUACGUCGCCUGCGACCACUUCGCCCUCCCGAAGUGCUUCGCCUGGCUACCGCGGAGACGCCCGACACGGACUCUUCCGCACAGAGGGUCCCAGGCGAAAUUCGCGUGCGAAGUCUCCGCGCACCCUCUAUGUGGGCGACCAUCCAUGGUCACCUUAUCCCUCGUCGCCCGUCAAGCUGAAAGGCUGGAAAUGA